AUGCAACCUGAUGGGGAGCCCCAGCUCUUCGAGCAGUGUCGUGUCUGUAUUGUAUGCACAGAUCUGCUUCCUCUUGAGACCGCCGAGCAGUUAGCAGCAGUGAUUGAGGAAUACGGUGGCGAGCCGUCAAUCCAUGAAUCGAGUCCGACAAGGGAUGAUACGACCGAGUCCACCCACAUUGUAUCCAACACAAUAAACUUCGAGACAUAUGAUCUCGCCUGCAAGGUCUUGAUCCCCGUUGUGAAGCCAUCAUGGAUACAUACUUCUCUGUCGAAGCGCAAGCUUGCAAAUCCGCGCCAACACAGCCCUGACCCACGCCUAUUCUUGCAUGAUGUGGUUCUGACAUGCGGCGACAUCCCAGAGGGAGAUAAACAGGCCAUUGUUGGUGGAGUUACGGCCAAAGGCGGCCUGUAUAGCCCGCGGGUUUCCGCUAUGGUUACUCAUCUGGUGGAUUUGAAUAUGGAUUCGGACAAGGCGCGUCUGAUUCAAGCGAAGAAGCUACGCAUCAAGAUUGUUUUACCUCAUUGGUUUGAUGACUGUCUGAAACUUGGUCGACGGAUUGACGAGCGCCCAUACACACUACCGGACCCUGAGAUUCUGCGUGCUAAUCGCGAUGAUCCAAUUCGAGGAACCAUUAAUAAGGGUCUGACUGGCGCAUCGACGCCCGAGCCGUCUGUUUUGCCCACGCCCCAGAACAUCCAUGACCGCAGUGUAUUUGAUGGGAAGUGUAUCAUGCUAUCUCCCGAUCUAAGCAUUGGCUCGCGCCUCCUGGAAUCUAUUGAGGCGGUCAUCAAACAGGGGGGUGCGACGGUGACAGGAAAUGUCAACCAAGCUGAUUGGGUUAUUUGUCGCUUCCGGGAAGGCUUUGUCUAUCGGACAGCCUCACGAUUGGACAAGGAAGUGGGCAAUCUUGCAUGGCUUUACUCUCUCAUGACUUUCAACGAAUACACUCGGCCGCUGAGCCGAAUGCUUCAUUAUCCCGUUUCUCGCACACCGAUCCCUGGGUUUGAAGGGCUCAAAAUCAGUCUUUCCAACUAUGUUGGUGAGGCCAGAAUUUAUCUUGAGAACUUGAUCGCUGCAGCAGGUGCCGAGUGUACGAAAACAUUAAAGCAGGAGAAUACUCACUUGAUCACUGCCCAUGGAACGAGUGAGAAGUGCAGCGCUGCAAGGGAAUGGGGCUUACAGGUGGUCAACCAUCUUUGGCUGGAGGACAGCUACGCCAAGUGGAAACAGCAGCCCGUCUCUGACCCGCGCUACAACUAUUUCCCUUCACGCACCAACCUGGGUGACGUUGCGGGUCAGAGGAUGCUGGAGCGCGAUGUUCUCGAGAAAAACUUUUUCUCAACUGAGGACACCGAGCCAUCGAAUUCUCAACCCGCAAUGCAAAAUAACGACAAUGCUUUGAAAAUAGAGCCACAUGCUGAUAAAAAUCAGACAGGCGGCGAGAAGGCGUCCGGGCAGAAUGAUACCCCAAAGGCUGACAGGAAGAUCCGUAAGCCUUCAGAAAAGAUACAGACCCCUGCUCGGUCUCGACUUCUCCCUGAUGGCAAAGAAAAUGAGACCCCAUCGACGGGCAGCAGUCGCAAAUCGAAAGAGGCCGCGAUCGCUCAUCUCCAUGAGCUGGCCCCUGAUAUUGCUCUUUACGAAAAAGAGAAGAAGCGCGUCGGUGGCGUCAUUCGCGGUGGCAGACGGAAGUCAGAUGAAGAUCGUGUGCGUGAAAAUCCCAAAAAGCGCCGCUCAGUCGAACCAGAAGGGAACAGCGACACUGAGCAAACAAACGAGGCCAAGAGGGCCAAGAAAUCUCGGCCUGCUAUAUCAAUGCACUUGCUUAUUACUGGCUACCAAAAUUGGGUCGGUAAAGGCAACGAGAAGAAGGAAGAUGCAGAUAAGCGACAACUUAGAGAACUGGGUAUCAUGGUGGUUCAGGAUGCCCGGCGAUGCACCCAUAUGGCGGCGCCGUCGAUUCUGCGUACCACCAAGUUUGUAAAUGCAUUGGCAUAUGCGCCCGUUAUUGUCAAUACCGAAUUUGUCACCACAUGCCUUAAGGAGAACAAGCUGCUCGACCCGGCAGAGUUCAAGUUGAUUGACAAGAUGGCCGAAAGCAAGUACCGAUUCUCUUUGGCCAAAGCCACAGAAAACGCCAAGACGAAUAAGAACAAGCUUCUGCGAGGUUUCCGAAUUUACUGUAUGGAGGACAUCCGUGGUGGAUUUGAAGCAUUUAAGUCCAUUGUCGACGUGAAUGGCGGAGAGUGCAUGCUCUUCCGUGGCCGACUUGCACUAACGAACCCGCCACGACGGGAGGAAAGCGACGAUGAAGACAGCGAGAUGGAGACCGAUGAUCCUGGGCGACACGACGUGUUCCUUCUCAGCAGUGCCGAGUCCAAGCAUGCUCGUCUCUGGCCCCGAUUCCGCCAAGUGGCUGGAGAUAUCAAGCGGGCCCCACGGAUUGUCCGAGUGGACUGGCUGCUCGAUAUGGCCAUGUCGCAGGAGUUGAAGGGCCCCGAGGCGUACGAGCUGACGGAGGACAUGAUUGGCAACGAAGAAGAGUAG